AUGUAUUUUUCUUUCAGAGCGCUGUUGGUAGCGCUAUGUAUAGUGUACGCGACCAGUCUUACACCUUUGGCAGCCCCAGGAGAUGAUGAUUGUGCUCUGUACCUCACAGGACCUGGGAGAUCCUCCGCAUAUGAUUACAGCCUCAACUUACUAAAGGGAAACUUCGCCUAUGACGGUCAACACACAUGCAUUACAUACGAGGCAAUCAAUCAAGCGUAUCUUGACGCUAGAACGAGAAUCUUGGUAUCACAGCCUAAGGGCGACUGGAAAGCCGAAGAUUUCGCCAGUGUCGGUGAAUUGGUGCUUGAUAUAUCCAUAAACUUGGCAAGAAUAUAUGGGCUAACAUAUGAAGAAAUAGAGAAAGGUCUACCAUUAAUAGAUACGUCUCGUACAUUGAUACGUGAGGUUUGCCCGCCCGUGUUCUCUCACGUAGAAUGUCGAGCUGGGAAGUACAGGAGGCUCGAUGGCUUGUGUAACAACCUCGUGCAUCCUACGUGGGGCGCUACUAUGGCGCCUUUCCAAAGGCUUAUCGGUCCAUUAUUUUCUGAUGGCAUCAACGCUCCCCGUAUAUCUCAUACGGGACGGGACCUUCCUUUAUCCCGUGUAGUGUCUCGUACUAUGCAUCCCGAUGAAGGGUUUCAUGAUCACGCUGGCACUGUGAUGGUGAUAGCAUGGGGGCAAUUCAUGGAUCACGACUACACACUCACUGGUACUCCACUAGAUCCGAUCCACCGCAACGAUCCAGAGGAAUGCUGUAAGCGUCCGCCUCACCUCAAACAUCCGUACUGCAACGAGAUCCGCAUCCCUGACGACGAUUACUUCUACAGACUGUUCGGCGUUAAAUGUAUAGACUUCGUCAGAGGCUUCCCAUCACCACGACCCGGCUGCAGACUGGGUUCAAGGGUGCCUUUCAAUACUCUGACUGGAGCCAUUGACGGUAACACUGUGUAUGGAGUCACUGAAAAAUUCUCAAGAAAGUUGCGUACGGGAUACGGUGGUUUACUUCGUAUGAAUCCUGUAUUCAAAGAGUACGGACUUAAAGAUCUUUUGCCGCUUAAACUUGACAUUCCCGAUGAAGGUUGCACUAGACCUAACAAAAAUAUGUUUUGUUUUGAAGCCGGUGAGAUUAGGGUCAAUGAACAAUUGGUUCUCACUGUAAUGCAUACUUUGAUGGCUCGUGAACACAAUCGAGUGGCUGAGGCUUUAGCUUUAGUUAAUCCGCAUUGGGAUGACGAAACUUUGUUCCAAGAAGCAAGAAGAAUUAAUAUCGCUGAAAUACAACAUAUCACAUAUAACGAGUUCUUGCCUAUACUUCUUGGGAAGGACGUUAUGGAAAAAUUCGGUUUAGUGCUUGAAAAAGAGGGCUACUGGGACGGCUAUGAUCAAAAUGUUAAUCCCGAUGUAAUAGCCGGAUUCGCUGCCGCCGCUUACAGAUUCGGUCAUUCAUUAUUACCUACUGCUGUUGAGAGAUGGUCUAAGGCCCAUAAAUUUAUUGCAUCAAAACGAUUAUCAGACCUUAUACGUAGACCAUAUGACUUAUAUCGUGCUGGCGUUCUCGAUGAAUAUGUUAUGGGACUAAUGAACCAAGUGGCUCAAGCUAUGGACGAUUCCAUCACUCAAGAAGUAACAAACCACCUAUUCAAGAAAGUAGGCGCAAGAUUCGGAAUGGAUCUAGUAUCAUUGAACAUGCAAAGAGGAAGAGAAUUCGGUCUUCCAGGAUACAUGGAGUUCAGAAAGUUCUGUGGAUUAUCCGGGGCGGAUUCCUUCCAAGAUUUAUUCGGAUCUAUGGCUAAUGAAACUAUUCGGAAAUACGAAUCGAUCUUUGAACAUCCAGUUGAUGUUGAUUUGUGGUCCGGUGGAGUUUCAGAGAGACCUCUACCAGGGUCCAUGUUAGGACCGACAUUCGCUUGCAUAAUUGCUACACAGUUUUCGUAUUCACGAAGAGGUGAUAGAUUCUGGUUCGAGUUACCAAAUCAACCGUCAUCGUUCACCCCGGAACAGUUAGUUGAAAUAAGAAAAGCACGUCUGGCGCGUAUCAUAUGUGACAAUACAGACAUCAUUGACACGGUACAACUGUAUCCAAUGGUUCUGCCUGAUCAUGAGCUCAAUCCAAGAGUGCCAUGUAGAAGUGGAAUAAUUCCAUCGAUGGACUUCAGCAAGUGGGCUGAACACACGCCUUUCGGUGGCGCCAAGGAAUACGUGAGUAGCUUCUCGUACAACUCCUUCCACGGAAAGAAGUAG